AUGUCAUACGCCUACUUAGCUUCCACUCCAGGUCUUCAAUACAACUAUUCCCUCUAUGCUAUUCCAGUGGGAUGGGUCGUUGCGAUGGUGCCGUUGUGGUGGGCUGCACCUAUAGCCAAUAGAGCUUCUAGAGGUACCUAUGAUAACGCGAACCCGAAAGAUAGUUGGGCGAAUAUCGAUUCGAAACCUAUCCCUCAGCAGUUAAAAGGAAGAAUCAAGCGAGCUAUAGCUGCUGAAAACAACACCCACACGAACCUACCCCUCUUCGCUGCUGCCCUGGUAGCAGCCAAUGCCGCACACGUAGAUUCUUCUUCACUGCAUUUCCACGCCUCACUUUGGGUAGUCAGUAGGAUAGCUUAUACUUUGGCUUAUAUCUUUAUCGAAGAUCGUAAAAAGUCAUUUAUCCGUUCAAGUUUAUUCGGUGUAGGCAUCUAUUCUUGUUUUGCCUUGAUUAUCAAGGCUGCUAAGAAGUACUCGGCUGUGCCUUGGUAG